CGUCUGAUGCGUGCAGCUGAACAGAAGCUUUUGGUGGCUGUAGCGGACAGCGGACAGUGCCACUCGUGACUGCGUGAAUAAUCGAUUGAUCGGCUAAUCGAUAAUCCGAUUCGUUUUUUUUUUGUUGUUUUUGUUAUCGGUGUGCUGCUGUGUCCUUUCACUGUGUGCGCCAUGCAUGUGAAUGAGCUGCGUGCCAACCUGCAAAGCUUCGGCUGGCCGGACUAUCUGGUCUUUAGCCUCAUGCUGGCCAUUUGCGCCUUUAUCGGCAUCUACUUUUGCCUGCAGAUGCGCCGGGAGUCCAGACAGCUCAAGGCCAGCGGAAGCGAGGAGGCGGCCAAAAGUGCCGCCUCUUAUUUAGUCGGCGGCAGAAAAAUGAAAAUAUUUCCAAUAAGUAUGUCACUCAUUGCGAGCUUCAUUUCGGGCAUCACACUGCUAGGCACACCAACCGAGGUUUACCUGUACGGCUGUCAGUACAUGUACAUCAUGGGCUCCCUGGUGCUAAUGGGGUUUUGCAUGUACUACAUCUUUCUGCCAGUAUUCCAUGAACUGAACCUGAUAUCCACCUACAAGUAUCUGGAACAGCGCUACAAUCGCAGUAUGCGCCUAUUUGGAUCAGUUAUGUUCAUAAUAGCAUCGGUAUUAUGGCUGCCAAUUGUGAUCUAUAUGCCGGCCAUCGCCUUUAAUCAGGCAACUGGGGCAAACAUUCACAUUGUGACGCCGUGUGUCUGCGUUGUGUGCAUCUUCUAUACGUGCAUUGGUGGCCUCAAGGCAGUCGUGUGGACGGAUGUCAUCCAGACACUGAUCAUGUUUGGUGCGAUGGCCCUGGUGCUGAUCAAGGGCACAAUCGAUAUUGGGGGACCAAGCGUUGUUUGGCAGCGGGCCCAGCAAACGGCACGCAUUGAGUCGCCCAACUUCGAUCUGGAUCUUAAGGAGCGCUACACAUUCUAUUCGCUGGUGCUGGGAGGCGUGGCGCACUGGCUCAAAUCGAAUGCCAUCAGCCAGAAUAUGAUCCAGCGGUAUUUGUCGUUGCCAACGCUCAAACAUGCACGCAUCGCCCUCUGGUCAUUUAUAGCUGGAGUGCUUGCAUUUUUGGCCAUCUGCGGGUAUACGGGUCUGCUCAUCUAUGCCACGUAUGCGGAUUGUGAUCCACUGGAGACGAAGCUGGCGCAGCGCAAUGAUCAGCUGCUGCCGCUGCUCGUCAUGGACACAUUUGGCUCAUUUCCCGGUAUGCCGGGCAUCUUUGUUGCCGGGGUUUUCAGUGCGGCCCUCUCCUCGCUCUCCACCGGUCUCAAUUCACUCUCGGCCGUUGUGCUGGAGGACUUUGUGAAGACGUUUCACCACGAGCCACUUACUGAGACGCAGACCGCUUUUGUAAUGCGCAGUGUUGUCCUCAUCUUUGGCAUUAUCUUUGUUGCUCUGGUCUUCAUCGUGGAGAAGCUGGGCGCCGUUUUACAGCUGACCAUUACGCUAACUUCGGUGGCCAAUGGACCACUGCUGGGCAUUUUCACAGCGGGCGUUAUGCUGCCCUGGGUGAACUCGAACGGCGCCCUUCUCGGCGGCGUCACCUCCCUCAUCGUCAUGGUUUGGAUGUGCUUCAGUGCACAACACGAUCUGGUCACCGGCGACAUCGUCUACCAGCGUAAGCCCUACUCCACGCUCGGAUGCAACUACACGUUCGACGGAGAGCGACGAGCAUUUAGCAGCCUGCCGCUGGAUGAUGCCAUCAGCCCGGCGUCUGAGGCUCCCUUUCAGCUGUAUCGCAUCUCUUAUCUGUACUUCACCCUCUUCGGUGCCCUGUUGGCCAUUGUGGUUGGACUGGUGACGAGCCUGCUGCUGCGCGAAUCCGAUCUGGAUGCGAUAGACAGCCGUCUGCUGACUCCGUUUGUACGGCGUUGGCUGGAGCGACGUCGCAGCCGAGGCACGCGGCUGCCGGCUGGAAAGCAGCCGGAGAAGCACAAAACGAUGCAGGAGACGACAACGUGAGCGGUGGGGAGGGAGUGGGUCACUGUAUGUAUGUGUGUCGGUAUAUGUACAGUCGGCCAAAAUGUUCCUUUGCUAGCUUAGUAAAUAUUUGAAAUUAAAUAAAAUAAAAUUCAUAUUUA